CUGGAGCACACCUUUCCCACUACCUUACCAGUAGCUAACCUGAGGCUUACCUGUAUUUGACCUGUGGCUCAGCCAGGAGUGCAGAUGUACCUUUCUGUUCACUGCUUUCUGGGUUACUUUUUCGAUCUCUGAACGUUGAGCUAUCUGGUGCUCAGGUGUACACCUGACCAAACUGUUUUUCGUGUUACCUGUAGGUUAGUAGUAAGUUAACGCUAGGUUACCUGUGGUCCAGGUGUGUUUCUGUCUCUGGGUUACCUGUCUGUUGGAGAGCCAUGGUUGGGUGUAGCUGGCUGUGGAGCCAUAGGAACUACCUCAUUAUCUUCCUCACCCCACUUCUCCUCCUGCCUCUGCCUCUGCUCAUCCCCACACCACAGGCUAAGUGUGGCUAUGCUAUCAUCCUGAUGGCACUGUACUGGUGUACAGAGUGUAUGCCCCUGGCUGUGACUGCCCUACUGCCUGUUAUCCUCUUCCCUAUGAUGGGCAUCAUGGAGUCUGGAGCAGUGUGUGUCCAGUACCUAAAGGACUCUAACAUGCUGUUCAUCGGUGGUCUGUUGGUGGCCAUCGCUGUUGAGAACUGGAAUCUUCACAAACGCAUCGCCCUCCGAGUACUACUAGUGGUGGGGGUACGACCGGCACUGCUGAUGUCGGGGUUCAUGGGUGUGACAGCCUUCCUUUCCAUGUGGAUCAGUAACACAGCCACCACAGCCAUGAUGGUGCCCAUCGCCCAGGCUGUGCUAGGACAGCUGUGUGCCACAGAGGCCAGGCAGGAUGAGCGGGAGCUGCAGGUUGAAGGGAAAGACAACCAGGCCUUCGAACUGGACACGAAAGCACCCCAAAGAGAAGAGAUCAACACCAAACAGGACCUCGUCAAGAUUCAGCAGGAUCAUAUGUACAAGGAUGAGGAGAGGGAUGCGGACUCACCUCUGGAGAGGAGAAGAAAAGAGAGAGAGUUGAAGUACCAGCUCUUGACUAAAGGGAUGAGUCUGAGUGUGUGCUACUCUGCCAGUAUCGGAGGCACAGCCACCCUCACUGGCACCACACCCAACCUCAUCCUCAAGGGACAGGUGGACGAGCUCUUCCCAGGUAAUGGCGAUGUGAUCAACUUUGCGUCAUGGUUUGGCUUUGCCUUUCCCAACAUGGUCAUCAUGCUUAUCCUGUCCUGGCUCUGGCUGCAGUUCAUGUACAUGGGCUUCAACAUGAAGAAGUCAUUUGGCUGCGGGAAGAAGAACGAGGGAGACAAGGAGGCGUUCGCAGUGAUGAAGGAGGAGUACAGGAAGCUGGGGAGCAUGACCUUCGCCGAGGGGGCUGUGCUGACCAUCUUUGUCCUGUUGGUGGUGAUGUGGUUCACCAGAGAACCAGGCUUCAUGCCAGGCUGGGCCACUGUACUGUUUAACAAGGAUGGAGCGUUUGUGACAGACGGGACUGUUGCUAUCUUCAUGUCCUCGCUCUUCUUCAUUAUCCCCUCAAGGCCGUUCUGCCGUGGGAGUGCUGAGGAAGAGGAGGGAGAGGCUGGGGAGGAAGGUAAGAAGAAGCAAAAGGCCCCAGCUGCUCUGUUGAACUGGCAAGUGGUCCACGAACGCAUGCCCUGGAAUAUCAUCCUAUUACUGGGAGGAGGUUUUGCUUUGGCCAGCGGUAGCGAGGCAUCUGGUCUGUCUCAAUGGCUGGGUGAGAGUCUAGCUCCUCUACAGUCCAUUCCUCCCUUCGGUAUCUCUCUGCUACUCUGUCUGUUGGUGGGGACCUUCACUGAGUGCUCCAGCAACACAGCUACUACCACACUGUUCCUGCCCAUACUGGCCUCUAUGGCCACAGCUAUUGGGCUGCAUCCUCUGUACGUGAUGCUGCCCUGCACCAUCUGUGCCUCGUUGGCUUUCAUGUUGCCCGUGGCAACACCUCCCAAUGCCAUCGUCUUCUCCUAUGGAAAUCUCAAAGUCAUGGACAUGGUGAAGGCAGGCUUCAUGCUGAACAUGAUCGGGAUCCUGACCAUCAACCUGGGCAUCAACACCUGGGGAGACGCAAUGUUCCAGCUCAGCACCUUCCCUGACUGGGCCAACAUCACACAUGGGAUCAAGCCCUGAGAGGGGGAGGAGAGAAGAGGCGGGAGGAAGGAGGAGGAUGGAGGGAGGAUUUUGAUAUGAGCACCAAAGAGCGCAAGGGAGAGAAAGCGAGAGGCAGGCAGGCAGACAGUACCAGUCAAAAGUUUAGACACACCUACUCAUUCAAAGGUUUUUCUUUAUUUUUACUCUUUUCUGCAUUGUAGAAUAAUAGUGAAGACAUCAAAACUAUGAAAAAACACAUAUGGAAUCAUGUAGUAACCAAAAAAGUGUUAAACAAAUAAAAAUAUAUUUUUAUGAGAUUUUUCAAAGUAGCCACCAGUUGCCUUGGUAUUCUCAUUUGCCUUGGCAUUCUCUCAACCAGCUUCAUGAGGUAGUCACCUGGAAUGCACUUAAAUUAACAGAUCUGCCGUUAUUUCGUGGAAUUUCUUUCCUUAAUGCGUUUAAGCCAAUCAGUUGUGUUGUGACAAGGUAGUGGGGGCAUACAGAAGAUAGCCCUAUUUGGUAAAAGACCAAGUCCAUAUUGUGGCAAGAACAGCUCAAAUAAGCAAAGAAAAAUUACAGUCCGUCAUUACUUAAAGACAUGAAGGUCAGUCAAUAUGGAACAUUUCAAGAACUUUGAAAGUUUCCUCAAGUGCAGUCGCAAAAUCAUCACGCGCUAUGAUGAAUCUGGAUCUCAUGAGGACCGCCACAGGAAAGGAAGACCCAGAGUUACCUUUGCUGCAGAGGAUAAGUUCAUUACAGUUACCAGCCUAAGAAAAUGCAGCCCAAUGAAGCCCAAAUAAAUGCUUCACAGAGUUCAAGUAACAGAUACAUCUCAACAUCAACUGUUCAGAGGAGACUAUGUGAAUCAGGCCUUCAUGGUCAAAUUGCUGCAAAGAAAUCACUACUAAAGGACACCAAAAAGAAGAGACUUGCUUGGUUCAAGAAACACGAGCAAUGGGCAUUAGACUGGUGGAAAUCUUGGAGAUUGUCUUUGUGAAACGCAGAGUAGGUGAAUGGAUGAGCUCAUGUGUGGUUCCCACCGUGAAGCAUGGAAGAGGAGGUGUGCUGUGGGGGUGCUUUGCUGGUGAUACUUAAUUCAAGGCACACUUAACCAACAUGUCUACCACAGCAUUCUGCAGCGAUACAUCAUCCCAUCUGGUUUGCGCUUAGUGGGACUAUCAUUGGUUUUUCAACAGGUCAAUGACCCAAAACACCUCCAGGCUGUGUAAGGGCUAUUUGACUAAGAAGAAAAGUGAUGGAGUGCUGUAUCAGAUGACCUGGCCUCCAAAACCACCCAACCUCAACCCAAUUGAGAUGGUUUGGGAUGAGUUGGACCACAGAAUGAAGGAAAAGCAGCCAACAAGUGCUCAGCAUUUAUGGGAACUCCUUCAAGACUGUUGGAAAAGCAUUCCAGGUGAAGCUGGUUGAGAGAAUGGCAAGAGUGUGCAAAGCUGUCAUCAAGGCAAAGAGUGGCUACUUUGAAGAAUCUCAAACAUAAAAUAUAUUUUGAUUUGUUUAAUAAUUUUUUGGUUACUACAUGAUUCCAUGAUACCUCCCGGGUGGCGCAGUGGUCUAGGGCACUGCAUCGCAGUGCUAGCAGCGCCACCAGAGUCUCUGGGUUCACACCCAGGCUCUGUCGCAGCCGGCCGCAACCGGGAGGUCCGUGGGGCGGCGCACAAUUGGCAUAGCGUCGUCCGGUUUAGGGAGGGUUUGGCCGGUAGGGAUAUCCUUGUCUCAGUAUGUAAAUGUCAUAAAAUGUAUGCACGCAAUGUAAGUCGCUCUGGAUAAGAGCGUCUGCUAAAUGACUAAAAUGUAAAAUGUAAAUGUAAAUUCCAUAGAUGUUAUAUCAUACUUUUGAUGUCUUCACUAUUAUUCUACAAUGUAGAAAAUAGUAAAAAAUUAAGAAAAACCCUUGAAGGAGUAGGUGUGUCCAAACUUUUGACUGGUACUGUAAAUGUAGACUGACAGGCAAACAGAAAGUCAGACAUAGAACGAGCGAGAUAAAGUGAAUGGGAAAGGGAGAUUAAGCACGCACACAUAAUGCUGAAUGUGACAAUGAACAAGUACACCAGCUACAGUAUCUUCUCCUUAAUUUAGGACAGUUUAGAAAUAAGAUACCAUAUACGAUAUGGUUGCAGCUCUACCUUGCCCUCUGAUAGGCUAAGUUUGCUGAUAAAAGUGCCUAGGUGGUCAGGGCAAGGGGCUAGGGAACUAGGGUCCAACAGUCGUUCCUGGACUGGGCCAUACAUUACAAUACAGUACCAUUGCCCCCUAGUGUUCAUUACAUGUAAUUGUAAAUCUGGUGAAGCGGAAUAGGGUUGAAUGGUGCUUCAACACGGCAGUGCAGUCCUUUGAAUUGAGUCAGUCCCAGUUCCAGACAAAGAUAUCCUUAAAACGAGACUACUUCUUGAAAGCAAGCAUUGUGCAUGUAAAUGUAUAUAUAUAUAUAUUGAAAUAUAGCAUAUAAGUAGGAAUGGGGACCGAGUGGCGCAGUGGUUCAAACCCGGGCUUUGUCACAACCGGCUGUGAUCGAGAGUCCCAUAUGGAGGCGCACAAUUGGCCCAGCUUUGUCUGGGUUCGGGGAGGGUUUGGCCGGGGUAGGCUGUCAUUGUAAAUAAUAAUUUGCUCUUAGCUGACUUACCUAACUGUAAAAAAUUAAUUGUUGUUUCAAUGUAUUAUUUCCAGUGAUCUAGUUUCGUGGCCUUUUUCAAGCUCAGAGAACUUCACAUUUCACGUUAUGCUAGCUUUUAUUAUAUUUAUUUUGACUAACAAUAGUCUUAAUUUGAUGUUUGUUAAUUGUUCAUUUAAGAUUGUUAUUUGAAUCAACUUAAACCUUCGUUAUGUUAACAAUAAAUGUGGAAUUCUAAUAACUAAAGCUACAUUAUUGUUGACAAAUAAGACAGUUAAGUACACUGCUUCAUUUCAGUGUACCUUACUAUUUAUUCUAAUUCGAAUCAACUUAAACGUUUAAACGUUUAACAACAAAUGUUGAGUUAUCAUAGCAACGUAAAGCGACAUUUAUGUUGACAAAUUAAAAACAUUUAAGUCCACAUCAUGUCAGUAUAACCAACCAUUUUUUGUUGAGUUAAUUUCACAUUUUGUUCAGUCAAUUUCAAUUAAGUUACUGUAACUAGUAAUAGUUAUCAUAACUGCAUUUAAAGUUGACAUAACAAAAUGGUAUAUGCAAGGAUAACGUGACAUGUUAAGUGCCCUGACCUUGAAAAAGGCCACGCAAUUAGAUGACUGGAAAUAACACGUUGAAACAACAUUAAAGUGUGAGUUAUCUGAUUUAAUGUCACAUUAAAAAUGUCAAGCCUACGCCAUAUUGAGUUAUUGUAACGCAUAGUUCUCAACCUGUUUGGCUGGUGCUGCUACACUGUGGCUACGAGCAAGUCAAGCAGGCCACACAUAAAUAAAUAACUAUACUAUUAAUGACAUAACAGACAAGCUUGCCACCGGCUGCACUGUUCUAACUCAACAAAAUGACUGACUAAUACAAAUUGUAAACUUAAUAUAACCCAGUAUGUACAGUUGAACAAAGUUCAGAUUUAGUAAAGUUUAUCUCCAUUUUAAAAUGA